UACUCAUCAGCUAACUAAUAUACCACAUUCAUUCUCGGUUCCAGUACCUUACCAGCGUAAUGCCCGGAAACGUCUUAUUAUUGAUUCACCCCACCGUUGUCACCAACGAACUGUUGGUGGUGCAGACGAAGCAAUCGUUAGCAGACUAUCGCAUCACUCAGCACAUCAUCGAUAGAGUUGCCAACAACAAGGUGGAAAUCACCGAUAAGUUCGACAUCAUCUACUACUUAAAUCCCAACACCGGCACCGACGAGCGAGGGUUGCCCGAUGCAGUGAUAUCCAAGUUUUUUGGACUUUUGAAUGAAGAAGGAGGAGAAGUUGUAGGGGACUUGCCCCAAGACCAAGCUCUUGAUGUGUUAAUGAACGGAUUUAUGAUUGAGAAUGGCAAGUGGGUCAAGCCCAAGCCCGUGAAGAUGGCUGUGAUGAGUUUGAAGAAAAAACCAGAGAAGUCCGAAGGAAAGUCAUUGGACCUGAAACUCAACAAGUUUAAAAAGUUAGGUGCCGUGUCACCUGUACCCUCGGUGGGCUUGACGGAUACGUCAGCCAAUAGCUCGGAUGAGGAGGAGGAGAGCAAUAAGAGAAAAUUGGAAAAGACCAAAUUGACGUACUUUAGCGAUUCGGAUGAAGAUGACGAGGAAAUCGACGAAAACGAGUUGGUGGAAGCCUCGUCGCCCAACUACAACUUGAUUGUUCCACGGAAGUGUGACACCUCUGGGAAGAAGAGAAGAAAGGCCUGUAAGGACUGUACGUGUGGGUUGAAAGAGCAGGAGGAAAUGGAGUUACAGAACCAACUGUUAUUGCAAACCUCGUUGUUAUCGAAAAUGGUGCGACUGGCGACCGAAGAAGCCAUGAAGAUUGAGGAAAAGCUCAAGAACAAGGUCCAGUUUACCGAGACAGACAUGUCUGAAAUUGACUUUACCAUCAAGGGAAAAACUGGAGGAUGUGGCUCGUGUUCCUUGGGAGAUGCCUUCAGGUGUGACGGAUGUCCAUUCUUGGGCAUGCCUCCUUUUAAGCCAGGCGAAGCUAUUACCAUCGACGGGUUUGGUGAGGACAUUUAGUGUCAUAUAUGCAUUCAGACGUUUUUUGUACGUUAAAUAUAUUUAUUGGUUCGGG